AACAUUUAUGACAUACAACUGAUGGAAGAAAGCUCUGUACAGAUUCAUGUGGUGAUGGACACAUCAUGAUGGAGGGCCCUUAUGUGUACAGAGGAGGAGGAUGAAGAGGGGGAGGAGGAGGAGGACGGUGAGAAUACAGAGCCUGUGCUAGGAGGGGGGUGGAGAGGACCGCACUCACAAACACGAGGUGAAGGAAUGUGGUGACCGGAAAUCCCAAAAAAGCCUGAGAGGGUCAACUGAGAAGAACCCACAGCAUUACAAGAAGACCCAGGACUCCUUGUCAUCCACAAGGACAUUGAUACAUGGAGUCCCACAAGUGCAACAUCUCCUUCUCUAAUGUUCAAGUCAACUACCUGGCUCCAGUGUACGGAGUGGAGUUCUUUAUAGCUUUUCUGGGAAAUGGAUUUGCUAUCUGGUUACUGGUGCCUAGAGGAUCCAAGAAAACCCAUGCCGGAAUAAUUUUCUCUCUGAAUCUUGCAGUCAGUGACUUGGCUUAUGCCUUGUCUCUGCCCCUUCUUGUUGCCUACUACACAAUGGGCAAAAAUUGGAUCUUCGGCCUUGCCCUGUGUAAAGUGGAAAGGUUUCUUUUCAACUGCAAUCUAUACGGCAGUAUCUUCUUCAUAACUUGUAUCAGUGCCAACCGCUGCCUGGGGGUAGUGUACCCAUUCUAUGCCAGAGGUAAGGUAGAAAGUAAGCAUGCCAAGGUGGUCAGUGUGAUUGUAUGGCUGAUGGUGGCUACCAUCUCAUCCCCCGUUUUUAAAUUUUCAACAAUAAAGACUGAACUUCAUGUGACGGAAUGCAUAGGAACAGCCAUUGAUAGUAUGUUGGCAUCUUACUUGCCAUAUAGUUUGUUUCUUGCUGGAUUCGGCUGUGGCCUACCUUUUGUGAUCACUCUUUUUUCAUACAUUGGCAUUGCAAGGGCAGUAUGGAAAAGCCAUGGACUUGAGUCGUGGGAGAAGAGGAAGGUGGUCACCAUGGUCUGCAUUGUGGUGGCCCUUUACUCCAUCUCUUUUCUGCCUUACCACAUUCUGAGGAACCUCAACCUCAUGAACAGAUUGAAGCCACCGUCUUGUGCAAGGUCUUCGUCUGUCCACUCAGCCUUUCAGAUAACCAGAGGUUUGGUGGCUUUAAACCCUUGCAUUCACCCAUUGUUGUACACUUCAGUCAUGGACAACGUGCGGGCAAAGCUUGGUUGCUGCCAGGAACAUGUAGACCAGAAAGCAGAGGAAAUCGGACUGUGAUAUGAGACUUUGUUUAGGGUGGAAAAAAAGACAAGAAAUAGACCCAGAUGUACAGAGCUGGUCAAAGCGUUGGAAGAACGGGACAUGGAAAUGGUCAAGUCAGGGGAACUUAUGGGGAGAAACAUCAUAUUAAAGACGAAGUCCAAUACUUUCCUUGAUCAUUAGAUCUGCCUAGGACAAAGUCAUUCAACCAAUGCCUGUAAGAGGCUUGUAAAGCCUUAGUAUUUAUGUAUAGUUGUGAAAUGUUUACAUGCACCUGAAACACAGCAGCCAUCUUCUUCUAAUCCUGUACAACUCCUAUACUCCACCUUUUAUCUUGCAGUAAUUUAUUGUACAGCUCCAAGGCCUCGUUCACACUAGUGUCUCUCUAAAAUAACUAGUUACUGACCCAUGAUGGCUACAGUGGAUUUUUUUGGGGGAAAUUUUAACCUGUGGUAACAAUUGUAAUUGUUAAAAGAAAAUUGUUCUGUGCUUUUUAUGUUUUAAAGUUAUUUUUAUGUUAUCACAGACAUUAUUUUUACUUUACGUUGAAAAGUGCGACAACAUUGGGGAAGAUUUACUACAACUAAAUAUUUGAGAGAGAGAGUGUAAACCUCAGAUCCGGCAGUCGAAGAUACACCAAAUAUACCACAGUGGUUCACAUAUAAUAAAUUUGGUCUUAAGACAUGUCUUACUUCAUACCAGUCAAAAUUUGUGGCAAAAGUUUUCCUGCUGAGCCUCGCCCCAUUUCUCCUAAACCAUGCUCUCUUGUCAAGCAAGGAGCAAAAAGUGUCCAAAACACACAAAACGUGCUGCAAGGCAUGUACAACAUUUCUUUUGGCACAAACUGAGCAAAAAUUUGGGUGCAUUCAGCUUAUUAACCCUCCACCCCCCCCAAUUUCUUUAGUUUACCGUGUAACUUUUUGCCAUGUUUUGAUGACCCAUUCAAUACUGCAGAUUUAAAUUUUGCGAGGUUAGGUUAGUCAGGAAUUCCUUUGUAAGGUUUGGAGAGUCUGCUGCCCCAAAUACUUGACAGGUUCAGAGUUAUUACAUUGGGUACAGAAGGUUCCUCAGGGGUGGGACCUAUUUCCCAAUUCACUGCUUUCUGUCAGCAGAUGCCUGUGAAGAUCUCUGCUUAAGGGGGUAUUCCGGUUACAAUAAUACUCAUGGUCGCUCCAUUUAUUUUUAUGGGCGUUCAGGAGAUAGGCGAGUACAGCGCUCACCUAUCCCCAGACUUUCCAUAGGAAUGAAUGUAGCAGCUGGACACAUGCCCGACUGGUCGCUCCAUUUAUUUCAUGGGGGCUGCAGGGGUUGUGGGGCCCCCAUUCUUGUGAAACAGUGAGGGCCCUAGUGGGAGGAACCCUACUGAUCUAAUCAUUUCCUGUUGAUCUAUUACAUUAUUUUUGGUUUUCUUCUCCAAGGUUCACAACUUUUUCUAUUACAGGCUGGUAACCUGUAAGGUCUGAUAAUCCAGCACCUCCUCCCAUCCCUCUAUUUUGUCUUAUGUUACAAUUAAAACUGAGAAGUACAUAAAGAAAUCUAUAUCCCAGGAUCUCAGCCUUAAAGGGCUUUUUUCACCCCACUAAAGUCAUUUUUUUGGCUACUUAAAUUCCUUAUACUGCGAUAUAUCAAUAUAUAAUGUUUUUACUCAUUUUUCCUUCAGCAGUUUCUUAAAAAAAAAAAACUGAC